UGUAUGAAGCAAGUUGUGAAUUUUUUGAUUAUAAUUGGACUAACAAUGUUGAAAAAAUGCAAAACUAAAGAGAAUUGGGCUUAGGCCCAAACCGGCCGAAUCAAACCGAACCAAUCCGUCUUAAAUUGGUUUGGUUUGGUUCAGUUUCCUUUAUAAUUUUAUCCAAACCGAACCAAACCAAACCGUCAUAUUAUAAUUGGUUCGACCGUAAUUUUGAGGUGAAAUUAAUCUAAUCCGAAUCGUACCCAUCCCCACUAAUGAGGCAAUUUUCUUCUUCCAGAUGGAGGGUUAAAAUUCUAACAACCUGCACAUUUUCGAAAAACCAUGUCUCUCUAAAACACUCUGAUGAGGGAGGGAGAGAGAAAGUGCAUGAAACUUGUUACAUUAAAGUUUUACUCCUUACCGACCCCCAAAACAAAAACAAAACAAAAAGUUUUACUCCUUUGUCGCGAACGUUUGCGAAAAACGGGAAAUAGCUCAAAAUACCACCAAUUUUAUAAUUUUAUGUCAAAAUACCACCCUUUCUCAAAAAUUUUAAAACUACGACCUAUAAAUACAUUUUUAUUGUAUAUUGAUUGCACCCAUAUCACAUUUUCAGAAAACCUGAGGGGAACUACGGGUUUAGAAUGACUUCGCCUCCGCCUCUUUUCUCGUUCGAUCGUCUACGGCCUCCGCUUCCUCUCUCCUUCGUUCUUCUACGCCCCUGCCUCCGCCUCUGCUUUUUCAAUUGUCUGCCUUCCUCCUCCUCCUCUGCUUUUUCGAUUGUCUACCUUCCUCCUCCUCCUCCUACUUGGCUCUUCUCCUCAGCUAUCAGCUAUUUCAUACCCAGAAGUGUUGGAUCCUGAGCAAGCAGUGAAAGGGCUAUCUGGUGUGAAUUGGAAUAAAAAAAAAAAAUUGUUGGGUUUUUGAGACUUGUGAUGUUAUUCAUCAGUAUUCAUGCCUGGUUUCUUCUUGCAAUAAUUUUGUUGAUUGUUGUAGGAAACUCCGCUCUCAAACAUAGGCAAUGAACAAUUGAGUUGACAUGCUGCUGGGAGAAUUGUUUGCAAUGCAGAGAAGACUUGUCUCUUACUUUUGUGAUGAUGAACUGGCUUCAGGAUUAUGGCCUUCGUCUACUGAAGGGAAAUUGCUAUUUGAUCCUGUUAUAUCUUUUAUGGGACAAACAAAUGAGGGAAGUAGUGUUGAUUCAUCACAGAAAGCUGAGUCUUCAGAGCAUCUGCCAAAGGUUGACAAAUCAUCAGGGGAAUCUGAAUCUCCACAAAAACUCUCUACUGUUGAGGCAAAGGAAGGGGUCAAAACAGAAACUUUACAACACUCUUCAACUGAACAGAUGGCUGAUAAGGAGGAAACUGAAGUUGUCAAGGAAGAAACAGAUGAUAAGCAUGCUGCGACGGUGGAGGAAACAGAGACAGUGGUAGCAGAGCCUGAAAAAUCUGAAUCUGAAUCAUCUUCACUGCCAGUUGAGCCCUUUGAACCCACUGUUAAGAAUGAUGGCCCAUCAGAAUCUGUGGGUUCUCAAGAUGACAACAAGAUUUCAGUAGUGGGACCCUCAGUAAAUCCAGAAACAAUGCAGGGUAAGUCAAGAGCUGUUGAGGUAGAUCAAGUUGAGGAGGGUCAUACUGUUCUUCCGCGUGAGGCACAUGAUGUUGAUGUGGAUGAACAAAAGACACAAGUAGAGCAGAAGGAUGGACAUAUGACUCAGGCUGGAGAGAUUGUUGAAACAGUUGCUAUGGUUGAAGCUGAGACUCCAACUGAUAGCCAGCCUGGAGGUUUUCCUCUUUGCUAAUUGAGAAUCAUGUGCAGUUAUGAUUUUAGAUCUGUAGAUAACCUGUUGUUGCUGAUAUUGCUACACGGGAGGAGAACAGAACAACUUGGAAAAUGUGCAAGAAGGGAGAGCUAACUCAUACAACGAAGAACAAAUUGAUGAAGUUAAGAUCAAAUUAGUAGAAUUUGUGAGCUCUCCAUUAUUUAUAAUUAUAGGUAGGAAGUAUGUAUGUAAUAGAGCAAAGAUUGGUUGACUAUGUAAUAACAAUUGAAUUGUCAAGUUUUAUGAAAGAAAUAAUUUUUGCUUCUUGGGA